AUGCUCUUUAACAUCCAAUCAUAUAUCGGCACUUUAUCCAAACCUCCCCCGGAAAUUGAGGGUAAGAAAAAGGGCAGAUUUGUAAUUCGCAAAAUCAUAACAGUCAAAGCUCCGAGGCGCGGUUCCGACCGGAUCCACAGCUCGGUGAAUCGUCCAGACUCCAAACCCGCCCGCUCGCUCCCGCUCUUCUUCAAGAAACAGUUACGGAGAUACAGAGUGAAACGAGAAAGUGAAAAAAGCUGGAGUUAUCAGGCAGAGAGUGAGAUCGAGAAAACUGAGAUCAAAAUGGCGAUCCCUGAAACGGAGCGCCAUCGGGGCAGGGCUCGACCGGCGGUUGUAGCUAGGGUUCCGUUGAGGCGCUUGCUGCGAGUGGCUUCCGUGGCGUGUGGGAUUCAGUUUGGGUGGGCUUUGCAGCUAUCUCUCCUCACUCCCUACGUGCAGGAGCUUGGUAUCCCUCACGCCUGGGCCAGCGUCAUAUGGCUGUGUGGCCCGCUCUCGGGCCUCCUCGUCCAGCCCCUUGUCGGCCACAUGAGCGAUCGAUGCACCAGCCGCUUCGGCCGUCGUCGGCCAUUUAUAUUCUCCGGGGCAGUGUUGAUCGCGUUCUCCGUCCUGAUCAUCGGACACUCGGCAGACAUCGGGUGGUUUCUAGGUGAUCGAGGCAACGUCAGGCCGAGAGCCGUGGGUGCUUUCGUGUUCGGAUUUUGGAUUCUGGAUGUGGCCAAUAACAUGACUCAGGGUCCUUGUAGAGCUCUGCUUGCUGAUCUCACUGGAAAGGAUCAUCGAAGGACUCGAGUAGCAAAUGCGUAUUUCUCUCUAUUUAUGGCUGUUGGUAAUGUUCUUGGCUUUGCCACUGGAUCAUACAAUGGCUGGUUCAAGAUUUUUCCAUUUACUUAUACAUCUGCAUGCAAUGCUAAUUGCGCAAAUCUCAAGUCUGCUUUUUUUAUUGACAUUGUAUUCAUUGCAAUUACCACGUACAUAAGCAUAGCAGCUGCUCAGGAAGUGCCUCUAGUUUCAAGUGACAGAUCCACCCCCAUUGUUGAAGAUGGGCCAGGAACGUCAGGUCAUGCUGAAGAAGCUUUCCUCUGGGAACUUUUUGGGACUAUUAGAUAUUUUUCAGGGCCUAUAUGGGUAAUCCUGCUUGUUACUGCUUUGACCUGGAUUGGAUGGUUUCCAUUUCUUCUUUUUGAUACUGAUUGGAUGGGUCGAGAGAUUUAUGGUGGUGAGCCUAAUCAAGGGCCGAAUUAUAGUACUGGAGUUAGAAUGGGUGCGCUUGGUCUGAUGCUGAAUUCAGUUGUUCUAGGAAUAACUUCGGUGCUCAUGGAGAAGCUGUGUAGGAAAUGGGGGGCUGGUUUUAUAUGGGGGAUUUCAAAUAUCCUCAUGGCUCUCUGCUUUAUUGCAAUGCUAGUACUUACCUUUGUGGCAAAGAGUGUUCACACUGAAGGCCAUGCUCUUCCUCCAGAUGGCAUUGUGAUUACUGCACUGCUGAUUUUUGCAAUUCUUGGCCUUCCUUUGGCGAUCACUUACAGCGUUCCGUAUGCCUUGAUAUCCACACGGAUUGAGUCUUUGGGACUUGGCCAAGGAUUAUCAAUGGGUGUCCUGAAUCUGGCAAUAGUGAUCCCACAGGUGGUGGUAUCCCUGGGAAGUGGACCAUGGGAUCAGCUAUUUGGUGGUGGAAAUUCUCCAGCCUUUGCUGUGGCAGCACUUGCAGCCUUUGCUAGUGGACUUACAGCCAUCUUAGCUAUUCCUCGAUCUGGUCCUCAGAAGCCCAGAGGCCUCACAUGAGUAGUGAGAAAAGUCUGGGCUGAAGGCGUGGAUCUCCAUUUACAAUGGGCAACGGUGGACGUUCUACAUAAAUAAUUAUCGAUGGAAAAUAGUCAUUUUUGAAGCAAUAGGUUUUCAGACAUGCUUGAAAGCUGUCACCAAAUGCUGUGUGAGACAGGUUACCUACAAUUAGUGGAGAAUUUCUUCUACAAAAAUGGAUCCAGGUGAAGCCUCAGCUCUGGAUUCCAAAAACAACACUCGAGACUAAUUCCUUACCAACCAAGAUAAGUUGCCCUUAAUUGGGAAUUAUUCCUCUGGAAAAAAAAAUGAAUUUUGUUUUAGGGAAAAGCUGAUUGUGCUUCGGCGGUUCAAUGAAGUUGUAUUGGAAUCUCAUGCAUGCAUGCUGUGCAUGAAUUUGUUGUGUGAAUAUGGUUAAGUGUGCUUGUGGCAAACAAUGAAUAUAUGAAUUAUGCUGAUUGAAACCUUGAUGGAAUUGGAGACACGUCUUUUACGGUCUGAUUUAUUUAUUUUUUAUUUUUAGGAAAGCUUGAGUGAUUUUUCUUUGUCAGGUUUCCUUUCUGAUUGUGCUUUUCUUGUUCCCUUUUUAUUUUUUGGUUUGUUUUGCUUGCGUCUGACUGAACCUUGGAAUAAAUUCUUGCGCUUAUUGCACUUACCAGUAUCAA